UGUUCCACUCCAGGCAGCAUUCACAUCUCCAGAAGUGAAGAGUAUCUGGGGUACUAACUACUCCCUUUAUCUGCAAUUUCUUCUAGGAAAAUGACUGGCCAACAAGUUCUUCCUCAAGCUUUAUAUCUGAGCAAUAUGCUGAAGGCUGUGAAGAUUAGGGAGAGAACUCCUGAAGAUCUUGUCAGACCACCCGAUGGAAUAAUUCAUCACUUUAAAACUAUGCACAGAUACACAAUUGAAAUGUUCAGAAUGUGCCAGUUUUCGCCUCCAUUUCGGGAGAUACUUCAGAAAGCUCUGAUUGACCGAGCCACCCAGGUAUCACUGGAACAUCAGAAAAAGCUGAAUUGGUGCAUGGAAGUUAGGAAACUUGUGCCAUUAAAGACCAAUGGUGACGGUAAUUGCCUUAUGCAUGCUGCAUCCCAGUACAUGUGGGGUAUUCAAGAUGUUGACCUGGUUUUGAGAAAAACAUUGUUCAGUGCACUCAGGGAAAUCGAUACACGUAACUUUAAGCUCCGUUGGCAGCGAGAGACAAUCAAAUCCCAGGAAUUUGUAGAAACAGGACUAUGCUAUGACACGAGGAACUGGGAAGAGGAAUGGGAGAACCUCAUUAAAAUGACAUCCCCAGACACGUCUAUGGCCCGAAAUGGGCUUCAGUAUAAUGCACUAGAAGAAAUCCAUAUAUUUGUCCUUGUUAACAUCCUAAGAAGGCCAGUCAUUGUUCUUGCUGAUAAAAUGGUGAGAAGUUUGGAAUCUGGUUCAAGCUUUUCCCCUCUACACAUUGGUGGAAUUUACUUGCCUCUCCUUUGGCCCACUGAACAAUGCUACAGAUACCCCAUUGUCCUAGGCUAUGACAAUAUGCACUUCACACCACUGGUGACUCUGAAGGACAGUGGGCCAGAAAUCCGGGCUGUGCCAUUGGUCAGUCAAGAGCGAGGCAAGUUUGAAGACUUGAAAGUGCACUUUCUGACAGAUGCAGAAGAGAGGGAAAAGGAGCAGCUGCUGAAAGACUACUUGUCUGUAAUAGAAAUUCCAGUGCAAGGCUGGGACCAUGGUACAACUCAUUUAAUUAAUACUGCAAAGUUAGAUGAAGGCAACCUCCCCAGGGAUAUAAAUCUCGUGGAAGAUUACUUCCAGUUGGUACAGCAUGAGUACAAGAAAUGGCAGGAAAACACUGAGCCUGUCAGAAGGGAGAACUGCUCCCGGAUCAGACAGGACCUGACCUUGUCCCAGCUCUCUCUUGUAGAGAUGAAAUGUGAAACUCCCAACUGCCCCUUCUUUAUGUCUGUGAACACCCAGCCCUAUUGCCAUGAGUGCUUUGAGCGGAGGCAGCAGGGGAGUAAUCCAAGGAAGCAGAGCUCCAAAACAGUCACCGAAAAACCAAGGGCAGUUGGAUCAGGCUCACCUAGGGGGGAGCCUGGAGGAUGGACAUCUGAAGAACCAGUGACAGGACCUCGUUCUGCACCACCAAGAGUCCCAAGCAUUUUUCUGUACAGUGAAACCACUGCUAUGAAAUGCAGGACUCCAGACUGUCCUUUCACGUUAAAUGUGCAACACAACGGACUCUGUGAACGCUGUUACAACAGUUCCAGAAAGCUUGCUCCUUGUAAUAACUUGGACAACCUGAGACCAGCAGACACUGUGACAUGUAAAAUGUGCCUUCAGAAGACACACAGGACUUUUAAUGGCCUCUGCAGCAGUUGCCUCAAAAGGACUACAGAGCAUUCUUCAAAUGGCAGUUCUGGGUUUCCGCCCACAUGUCAUCAAAGGUCUGCAUCUGAUCCUGCACAGCUAUCACAAAGCUUCCUUCAGCAUUCCUGUAGCGCAGCACCCAGCAAUAAUCUGGAGGAUCUGCCUUCAGCACUGCUUCCUCAGGCAGGGCAUACUUCAGAGGAAAGGAAAGGAAGUAAGCAGUGUAGAAAGCCUGGCUGCAAGUUUUUUGGGACUCCUCAUAAUAAAGGCUUUUGCACACUCUGUUUCUUUGAGUACAGAGAAAACAGAGGUGAUCCCAUAGUAUUUCAUCAGAGAAGAUCUUCAAGGGGUUCUCCUGCAUCUGGCCAAACUGGGACCUCUGCUGCCACGUUCCAUAACACAGUUUCCUGUCUGGGCCCAGAGUGUGGCACCCUGGGCAGCACUAUGCUUGAAGGGUACUGUCAGAAAUGUUUUAUUGAAGCACAGAAUCAACGAUUCCAGGAAGCCAGGAGGACGGAAGAGCAGCUAGUGAGACAAUCUGAAAGAACCGGACAGCACAGAGAUCUACAACGAACGACGCUGGGUAGCACCCAAAAGCAAAAAUGCUCCACAGCUUCUUGUAGAAACAACUUAGCCUGCAGAAGUGACGAGUUGUGUCAGGAAUGCAAGCGCAUCGGUCAGGAAGGACAACCUAGGGGCCCUAGAGAACUGGCUGCAGAAGAGCCUCCAAAACAGCAUUGCCGAGCCCCUGCCUGUGAUCAUUAUGGCAAUAACAAGUGCAAUGGCUACUGCAACGAAUGCUACCAGUUCAAACAAGUCUAUGGCUAGUAGAGGAAAGCUGGUAAAGGAAGCAAAACCAGCUGGUACCUAGCUAAAAUGCUGCUAUGUCCAAAACACAUAAUUAUCCUGCCAUCUCAAAGUCCACUUGAACAAUUUGAAAAUACACGCAUAUCUGUGUGUGUGACUUUGGGGGGACAUUUAUCUGAUUUUGUACAUAUUUAUGUCCAAUGAUGGGAAUAAAUGCCUACUUACAGAAACAGUGAGAAGUGCCAUUUGCUUUCCGCACAGAAGAUCCUCCUCUAAUGCUGACUUCAAACCUUUCUCCUCUCGGACUUGAUAGGAAUAAUUUUGAACUAUUUGAAUAAAGAUAACUUGGCCAUUUUGCUCGUAUCCCCUGCAUGUGGUCAGAACUCAUCAGGCAAAAGACAAGGAAAUCUGAGUGAUGUUUGAGGUGUUCUGCAUCAUAUAUCAGCCUUUCUCUGCGUGAGGCUGGUCUCUCCUUUUGAGGUUUUCUCCAGCAGAGGCUGAUGGAAGGUUGGUGUGAAAUGAGAUGGGGAUUUUUUAGAAGAAACUUGCUUUUGCUUUCCCGCUUAGUUGCCUUCUUCCUCAAAAGCAGGGCACCAUUUAGGGUCAUCUAUGCAGUUCUACAUUUGCACAGCCUUGCAAAAAGAAGUCAGAAAUAAAGAACCAUUUUGUCUGCCUCAGUUAAUCAGUUAACUGAUUAACAAAAAAAUCCAAAAAAAAAUCCCCAAAUAAUAGGGAAGACAGUGGGUAACUCCACUGGCAUCAUUUACAAACAUGGUUAGAGGGAGACCUGAACUCCCCUUCUCAUAUCUUGUUCAAGGAAAUGUCCAUACCACAUAUGGGAGAAGCUGCCCUGACUGCCUUCUGAAGCCAAAUUGGCCCUCUUUCUGCUUUGGUGUAGGAAGAAUCACCACAGAUAUCAAGGAGGCAUGGAUGUCUCUGAACUUCCUUCUCCUUCCUUCAUUUUUCUGCUGAGUACUUCCUGUGUCAUGGCGACUGCCACCAACUCCUGCCUUGGGAAGUUAAGGUGUGUGACAGAUCUCAGGACUGAGCCCAGAUUAAUUCAACACUGCAGUUUUCUCAGAUAUUUAUUGCCCUUCAGGCUGUGACAACUUGUUCAGAUGAAGCAGAUUCUUCUGUUUCUGCAUUCUAGUGUCAGGGUCUGAUAUUAUUGAAUAUACUCAUGAGAUCUGGCCCAUGACCUGCAGCUGUGAACUCAUUUACACUUAAAAUUGUUUUUAGUUCCCUUCUCUCCCACAAUGCAAAGAAGAAUUUUAAAAUAACUACGCAAUAACGGCCAUCUCUGUGGAUCACAAUUGCUGUCCAUGUUGAAUGAUUGCAUGUUUGUACCUCUCCUCAUCUUAAGGUGAGGUAGGAAUUCACACUAG